AUGGCUAAUAAGUUGUCAAUGGUUUUUAUUUUUCUUGGUUUAUUAGCAAUUGUUUGUACCACAAGAGCUAGAGAAGUGCCAAGUGAGAAAGGACUUGUUGAUCAAAAGAAUUUUGUGGGGUUUGGUGGUGUUGGAGGAUUUAGUGGUGUUGGGGGUGGGGUAGGUGGUGUUGGUGGACUUGGUGGGGUAGGAGGUCUUGGUGGGGUAGGGGGUGGUGGUGGACUUGGUGGAUUAGGUGGUUUGGGUGGUGGUGGUGGACUUGGUGGAUUAGGUGGUUUGGGGGGUGGUGAUGGUGGACUUGGUGGAUUAGGUGGGUUGGGGGGUGGUGGUGGUGUUGGGGGACUAGGUGGGUUGGGUGGUGGUGUUGGGGGACUAGGUGGGUUGGGUGGUGGUGUUGGGGGACUAGGUGGGUUGGGUGGUGGUGUUGGGGGACUAGGUGGGUUGGGUGGUGGUGUUGGGGGACUAGGUGGGUUGGGUGGUGGUGUUGGGGGACUAGGUGGGUUGGGUGGUGGUGUUGGGGGACUAGGUGGGUUGGGUGGUGGUGUUGGGGGACUAGGUGGGUUGGGUGGUGGUGUUGGGGGACUAGGUGGGUUGGGUGGUGGUGUUGGGGGACUAGGUGGGUUGGGUGGUGGUGUUGGGGGACUAGGUGGGUUGGGUGGUGGUGUUGGGGGACUAGGUGGGUUGGGUGGUGGUGUUGGGGGACUAGGUGGGUUGGGUGGUGGUGUUGGGGGACUAGGUGGGUUGGGUGGUGGUGUUGGGGGACUAGGUGGGUUGGGUGGUGGUGUUGGGGGACUAGGUGGGUUGGGUGGUGGUGUUGGGGGACUAGGUGGGUUGGGUGGUGGUGUUGGGGGACUAGGUGGGUUGGGUGGUGGUGUUGGGGGACUAGGUGGGUUGGGUGGUGGUGUUGGGGGACUAGGUGGGUUGGGUGGUGGUGUUGGGGGACUAGGUGGGUUGGGUGGUGGUGGUGGUGGACUUGGUGGAGGAGGGGGGUCGGGUGGUGGUUGUGGAUCUUGUAGUGGUGCAAGUCUUCCAAAGCCAUGA